CUUUUCGCGCCCAACGGAACGCAAAGUAAGCACGUAAAUUAUUUAAUCGCAUAUUUUAUCCGUAAUAAUCGCGUAAUAAAUAUGCACAAAAUCGUGAACUUUUGUCGGGAGUGUCGAUUCAAGUGACGGGCGAUUGUUGAAAGGUAUGUAUUCAUCGCGAAUAUUCGCAAUUAACUACGUUUCAUCGAUUGUCUGGUCGUCCGUGAAUCGAAGCAGGUUAGGAUGUCAGUGUAACUUGUAGAAAACUCAGGACGUCGGAUUUAUAUCGAGUAGUUGAUCGUGCAUACAUACACACACAACACCCACGUACAUGAUGGCCUUUAUUUUUAGGCAAGACUAUCAUUGUUUGUUUUGUUCAUUAUGAGUGUACAUUGUAGAAUCAAUCGUUGAAUUUCUAUCGUUUUAUACUAUAAUUAUAUGUAUGGAUGUGUCGCGGCACAAAGUACGUUUGACUUCGUAUUCGUUUCGCGUACCGUAGCGUGUCAAAUUCGUGAUGUAAAUUUCGCAUAAAGUAUACGGGUUAAUUUUCUUUCGAUAGUCGGUUUCGAAACAGAACAAUUAUCAAACAUUUAUUUAUUCGAAACCGACUCGUAGCGUUGGAGUUGUUUUCGUCGUUACGCUUGAUAUGCGCGCACAUUCUCUUUCUCUCUCUCGCGCAGGCGCGUUUGUGUAUCAACGUAAACAUUGUUGCCCUCACUUCUCGCAUUCCUUUAAGUCGGAAUCGGCGCGACCUUGUGUUUCCUAUUGUACCGUUAUUAUUCGUACGGUGGCACUUAUACGAGAUAGAUGCGUAUCGGCGCGUUAUCAUCUUCGAUAAUACCCUUACUAUUUCUCACAGUUUUCCAUAUCAUGCUUUUCCGUCUUAAUCUAUCGCGGAGAGUGUCGAACACGUAAUAUUUGAGUUACAUCUUUGUCUUAAAAUGAUAAAGUACGCGUCGUUUAAAAUAUCGGGACGAUUUUCAUAUACGCGACGCGAACGCGAGUGAGUGAGCCUUGGACUGCGAGGACUGAGAGGAGGAGGAAGCUCGGGGGGAGCAUCGGGCGCCGGCGGAGCAACGCUUAGAUCAACUUUGCAGAUCAAAACACCGUCAAAGAACGACAACUCCGCUGCUGCGCAUCGUACCGAUGACCUCGUCACGGUGAACUCGUACUCGAAUAAAAAGAGAAACAGGUUUUGUGUCGUUGAGCUCCGCGAUCUCUCGUACAAGAGAAUCCUCCCCCUCGCGUCUCUCUAUCUUCAUCGAGCAUAAAGACGAUCGUCCUGACUGACGCUCGCAAAAUUGAUGCAUAGUUUCCCGGCAGACCAACGAUGCUUAUGACAAAAAUAAUCCUGGCUACGCUCUCUGUGGCACCGUGUUUCACCUGGAAAGUAUAGAUUGAUACUAAAGUCGAGCAUUUCCAGACGUGGUGCGUAGUGAACUGACAAAUUUUUUUCAUCGACAGAAUAUAAUACAGACUUGUUAAAGUUUAUCGACUGAGGAGCCUGAUAUCCCGGCUUCAUUUCCAGUUCAAACGUGAUACGCCUGAAUAUGGUACACUGCAUGGUAGUAAACUCGGCGAUCAUGCGUUUUUCAGAACAGAGUGAAGAAUCAUCGCACAAAACCACGUCGUAAUAUAGUCGUAAUAUGCAAUUCACCGUUUUGUAAAUCCGAUGUCUGCAAAAACGUCGUUUGACUACUACGCCUUUGGAUUUCUUUAAGCAACUGUUUUUACAGGAAUCUUCUAUCUAUUCAUUCCAGUUAUCCUUUUCACAACACUUAAAAUUGUGUGGCUUAAAAUUGUAAUACGAUGACGGGCACGCAUUUUCCACCGCGACGUUCUUUCCCAAGUACACAAUAAGCUUUCGAAAAAAAAUUGGUUGGGCAAAAAAGACGCGAAAGUACACGCAAUUGUUGUAUACAUGUACAUAAAAAUCUAUGGAAAAAGCUGUCGUAUAUUAACUGCACAGUUAAAUUGAAAGAAAAAACGUAAUCAAAAGAAAUCAAUCUUAAUUAUCAACUUUUAGAAAUCUAAUUGUUGUCAAUUAAACUCACGCGUUUCCGAAUAAUGUUGCAUAUUAUACAUAUUAGCCACAAAUUUCAUUUUCUAAACCCACACCGUUAUCAUACGUACCAUUCUCUCUUCUCUUCUCAAAUUUAAGUUUUAGAAAUAAAAAUAUUUAUAUACAUGUAGCAAAGAGAGAAAAUAUUGACAUUAGAUAUUACACGACACAACGAAUAUUCGUUAACAUAGAUGUGAUUUAUACGCAGUCUUAUAACGAACAUGAGAGUAUUCGAACGUGUGUAUAUAAAUUAUUUAAUAGAUAAUUUAAAAUUAAAUAACGCGAAAAGCAACAUGAUUUUUAUAUUAAACUUUGUGUUAAUAAUCUUACUAAAUGAAACGUAUGCAUAUGUCACGCAAGAUAUCGAAAUAAUAUUGCUACCGUCAUGGAACUCGACAGGCGUAAAGGAGAUACCAUUAACUCUGAAAGUUUUCGGACAAUUGAUUCAACUAAACCUGCGUAGAAAUGAUCGGAUUGUGUCGCCAGUGUUUCAAGUAUGGAAAUAUAAUUCGAAAAACGUCACAGAAAUGUUGUCGCAAAUAAAUGCAUUGGAUACUUGCUUUUAUUUUCACGAGGAUCAUGUCAACUCUGCAGCAAUCAACUUUUGUCAAGAAUAUGGAUUGGAAGGACUUGUUUUUCUGGAAAACGACACAUUGGAGAUUAGACCUUUGCGGAACGACUUUCCGCCUUUAAUCGACGGUUUUUGCGAUAAAGAACAAAUUAAUUUUUCAUUCGGCUUACUUCACCGUAUUAAAAGAUCACAGCAAUAUUUUGCUGAUUCAGAUCUUAAUCAUUUGCACAAUAUCAAACCGAAACGACGUAAUGUACAAAAUAUGCAACAAAAAUUAACCAUAGAACUGGCAAUUUUCUUCGACGAAGCUGCAUAUCGCAUCUAUAUGCCUUUACUGGAUAAUGAUGAAAAAAGAUUGCACGAUAUGAUAUUAGCAUACGUGAAUCAAAUCCAAGCUGUGUUACAUCAUCCAAGUUUUGGUACUCCUAUUGAUAUUUCAUUGAUACGAUUGGACAUGAUGAAAAAACAACCGCCAAAUUUGCCAGUUUUUAAUGGCGAGGCAGGCAAACUGUACGAUUCAUUCUGCAAAUAUGCGAGAGCUCUCAAUCCUCCAGAUGAUAAUGAUCCACAUCACUGGGACAUUGGCAUUUAUCUAACCGGAAUUAAUAUUUUUACAUCAAACGACCAAGAAAAGUACUAUCACAUAUUGGGAAGGUCUUUUGUCGAUGGCGCAUGCAAUUCGUCUUUCUCGUACGCUAUAAUAGAAUUCGGUAUUCAAAAUCAAAUGUUUUCCUCGGGGUUUUCAUCGUCUCUCAUUGCAGCUCAUGAGAUCGGCCAUCUUUUAGGAAUGGAACACGAGUCGAAAUGUGAAGAAUACAAAUAUGUAAUGUCACCAAAACGAAGCUAUCGCGGCCAGGUAACGUGGUCCGAGUGCAAUCGUAACAUAACGAAGGAACUCUGGAAAACCAAAUCGUGCCUACGAGAUCGCAUGAGACCGAAAUAUCUCGAUGACGUAUAUGCUUUGGAUCAUUCGCGUUAUCAUGAUCUACCCGGAAGAAAAUGGACUGCCAAGGCACAAUGCGAAUUAUUUUUCCAUGAUAAGGAUGCGAGCGUAGUCACGUUGUUUGAUAUAUGUCAAAUUUUACAAUGCGAUUCCCCUCGCAAGAAUACGUAUUUCUCAGGACCCGCACUGGAUGGAACUUAUUGCGCAGUCGGCAAGGAGUGUCGCGGCGGAGAAUGCGUACCCAUCAUCGUACCGCCAUACAAUUUUAAGUUUUGUAGAAAGGAUAACUGGAGUAAAUGGAAGAAAGAUUCCUGUAAUAGCUAUUGCUUGGAGAAAUCCAAAGGCGCAGUAGUCAAACGACGUUUUUGCAAACAUCGGACUUAUAGAACGGCGAAUUGCAAAGGACCAUAUUAUGACGUGGUUUUGUGCGAUGAUUCUUCACUCUGCACUGAAAAACGCAAGACGAUCGCAGAGUUUACUACUACGAAAUGCACCACAUUCAGCAAUAUUAUGCUUGAACUGAAAAAAGAGCCAGGAUGGCAGGCUGCUCAUGAAGUCGAUAAACCCUGGAUAGCCUGUACUAUAUAUUGUGUACGAAAAAACUUUUCUACUUAUUACGCACCACGCCUGGAAAUGCUCGACUUUGGUAUCAACCCAUACUUUCCAGAUGGAACAUGGUGCCACAGAGAACAUAGCCAGGAUUAUUUUUGUCGUAAGCAUCGUUGUCUGCCGGCAAACCAUUCGAUUGAGGAAUAAUUGUCGAGAAAUUCUCGACUUUUGUUUAAUAUCUAACUUAGGGUUGACUCAUUGUUGUUACCUUCUAUUUUACGCAGUAAAUCAAUAUUUUUGUCAAAAUUGUGAGAUGGCUCGAGGGAUAUUUGUUAAAUAACGAGACUUCUAAAUGAAAAAGAGAUUGACUCUAUUCGUAUGGAAAUAAUCUCAUUAUUUUCACAACACACUUCUAAGGCGUAGUCUAUAUAACAAUCUAACAGUAUGGCUUGCCGUUAAUCGGCAUGUAUACACGAUAAAUCGCGUGCGAGUUAAACGAAGUGUGGCGGACACCGAGCAUUUCUAACCGACGCGGCGACAUCGGCGACGUGUCGUCGCGGAUGCCGCCAGGUACUUACUACCACGUUGCGCUAAGUUCAACGCGGAUCCAUACAAAGAACGCGCGCGUGCAAGCAGGUAGAAGCCAGAAGCCGCGAGCCGCGUAGCGCAGCAUGACGUUCUCGAAGAUGUAGGAAGGAAAACGGAGGGCCGCCGCCCGGACGGACGCGAACAUAAAAUGCACACACAACGAGACGUGUGUGUGCGUGUACUUAGCAUAAGUCUCGCACCCGAGGCACUCUCUCAUCGUAUUUCAUGCCGGCUAUACUUAUACGCUCGCAUCGCUCGCCGCGCAUAACCGCUUGCUCCUUCUUCUUUAUCUUCCUUUCUCUUCGUCAUCAUCAUCAUCGUCGCCGUUGUCGUCGUCAUCGUCGUCGUCAUCAUCAUCAUCAUCAUCUUCGUCUACCACAAUCCAUGUCUCGGGUGCGAGGAGAGGAAGUGAGGAAAUACAAUCGGUGCAAUAUUAGAAUGAUAAGAAAGCGCAGUAUCGUGAUCCAUAUCGCAGCGGUAUUAGAAUUCUAAUCGAAUUUAAAUAGAGUUUGAAUGGAUCAUUCUCUACUAAUUCCCUACUUCUUAGAAAUUAAAUUGUGUAUAAUGUGUAAAAUUUCUUCAAAUUGCAAUACUUAUAUAAAAUCCACACUCCUGCA